GGGGAUACAGAAAGGAAGUAUCAUCUCAGAUAUUACAAGACUGGAACAUGCAUUCAUGAAACAGAUGCCCGGGGUCACUGCGUGAAGAAUGGAGUUCACUGUGCCUUUGCUCAUGGUCCGCAUGACCUUAGACCACCAGUAUAUGAUAUAAGGCAUCUGCUAUUGGCCACUGUUGGAGACAGGACUCCAGGCUAGAUGAACCUUUGAUCUGAGCUGAGAACUUCAGGCACAGGAAACCUUACAGAAUGGGCAGCUAGGAUGUGGUGAAGGCAUUCCAGAUCUGCAACCAGGAAUUUUAGCAAGCCAGGCAAUGAUUGAGAAGAUCCUUAGUGAAGAUCCAAGAUGGCAGGGUAAUGUUACCCUGUCUCCUUUCUCCGUUUCUUUAUUGGUGCUUGACCUGAUUUGUUGAUCCUGGGUCUUCAUCUGGGAGAAGUUCAAAAGCCUUUUUUAACAGAGUAAAGAAUUGGUUUAUAUAAGUAGUAUGCAUAUUUGUGAACAAGUUGCACUGUCUGUCACAUCUAUAUUCAGAUUGCAUUUUGAAAAUGUUUUGUUUUGAAAACUUUUAAUACAUCUUUUUCAGUUUACUUGAUACAAGUGCUAAUCUGUGUCAGUUGAAUAAGUGUUCUUAAAAGUCAGCAGGAGCUCUGUCUUGUGCUAAGUAGUAAUGACUAGAGUCUUCAUUUUUUGAGUCAUUAAUAGACUGUUUAAUGGACUGUUAUUCUUUGCUGAGCUUGAUGAACAAGAAUGAAGUAGAAUUUUAAACAGAAAAUUGGAGCAGAAUAUUAAAAUACAAGAAUGUCUUGAAAGCAUUAUAUUUAGAUCUCUUAAAGAAAAUCCAAUUGCCCUAGUUUUGUUAAGGCUUUCAAAGUUGGUUCUUAUGUUUUUGGUUUAGACUUGCUUGUUAUGUAGCCAAAGAUGUUAGUAUCAAUUGGAUGUUGUUAGAGCUCUUGCCCAAAUUCUACUUUAGAAAAGACUGCUGGGUACAAUUACUUCCACAAAAUUCAUGCGGGGACAGUAACACAGCAAGAGGUCACAUGAAGGUGCUGUCUCUAAGGAAUUCAAGGGGAGAUAAUUGUAUGAUACUUUUCCCCUCUGUAUUUUUUAAAUGUACUAUAGGGUGCAUAUUUAAGUACUAAUAAUGUGUAGGGCUUAACUGUCAGCUCUAGAUCAAAAAAUAUUGGAUGUUUGAUGAAAAAAGACAGCAAAAUUGACCAACUACAAGCACUUUUAUUGCAUUCCUUGCAUUGUGACAGGUCUGUGUUAUAUAAUGUUGUAUGGCUUCUGUCAAUACCUGUAAAUAUGGUGGGAUUGCACAUAGUUUCUGGGGUUGAAAAUCAUCCAACUAGUGAUUUCAGCCUUAUUUUCCUAAGCCUUUAAAGAAACUAUUGAAAAGGACUGAACAAAGAAUAGGCUCCAUGUGAUACUCUGAUUAAUAAUCUUUGCUAUUUGAAAGUAAAUAAUUAAUGAAUCUUUGAGAAUGUUUCUUCAGCUAGUUUUCCACAAAUCCUACAGGAGUCUUGUAGUAUUGUGCAGUUCAUUUUUAAGAACACCUCAGGCUAAAAGGUUUGCUUAAGUCAAGAUACAUGACAUCGGCUGCUGCUGUUUUACCUACAUCCAUUUUCCCACUUUAGGAGGAAGUUAGAUUGGUUUGACAUGAUUUACUCCUCACAAACCCAUGCUUGCCCUUAGCUAAAAUGUACGUUCUAAUUUAUUUACUUGCCUCAUUGUUCUUCUGAAUUUUUCUGUUUCUAGACAGAACCUUGUUUGUCAUCUCCUAGUUCCUCCUUCCUGGAACCAAAGAUGUACAGACAGAGGCAAAGGUAGAGAAGAGGCUCUAGAAUUUGUCCAGGAAGAUUUUACUGGACAGCCUUAACAUGCCUUAACAUGAAAGCAGUUUUGGUGAAAUGAGGACUUUCAACACUAAACUUAGGAGAAAUCCAGAUAUAAAAUUGUAUAAGUUUUUACUGUUUGUUUUACUAAAAUGAAUAAUGUAUUUUCAGGUAUUCAUUUUCAAAAUGCUAGAUGUAUAUAAUGAUAAUUUCCAGAUAGUUUCUCUACCAAUAGAUUGCUAGUACUUUAUUUGUGUACUUUAUUGUAACAUUGCUAUUGAAUAUAAAAGCAAUGAAGAUUGCCUUGCAUGUAAAUGUGUUAGACUUUUAUUUUUAAAAAUGCAGGAGUCAGUCCAAGUUUGUAAGAAUGGAGGGGUCUGUGAAUGAUAAUUUUUUUACAAAAAGCAGUGUGAUGCCUAAGCUCACUAAAGACACUCUGAAUGCAAAAAUUAGUUGUUUAUUUCUCUUAAUUGUUGACCUCUUUACAGACACAAAUUUUGUAUUAGCUGGCUACAAGACAGAACAAUGUACCAAGCCACCCAGGCUCUGCCGCCAGGGUUAUGCAUGUCCACACUAUCACAAUAGUCGAGAUAGAAGACGAAAUCCCAGAAAAUUCAAAUACAGGUCCACUCCUUGCCCCAAUGUAAAACAUGCAGAUGAAUGGGGUGAACCUUCAAGGUGUGAAAGUGGGGAUAGCUGUCAAUAUUGUCAUUCUCGUACAGAGCAGCAGUUUCAUCCAGAGAUAUAUAAAUCUACAAAGUGCAAUGACAUGCGCCAAACAGGUUACUGCCCACGUGGUCCAUUUUGUGCAUUUGCACAUGUUGAAAAGGACACCAUGAAUGUAGUCAUACUGCAAACUGGUUGUCAAUCAAAGCCAGGCGCUCACCUGUUUUCAACAGACAGCAUAGGAAUUGCAAAUGAAUGGAGCAGCAGUCUUAACUCCACAAACAGCAUUACAAAUAGCAGUGGGCAGUCUGGAAAUAUUUCCUGUUCUUCAAGUCCAACUGUAACAUCAAGUUCUGGUAGCAGUAGUUCUUUAUCACCCCUUGGACCUCUUUGUAGACAGAGAUCAUUAGCAAACGGCGUUUUGUGUUCUGAGUCUAGCACAUCAGGUGUUUCUUCACCAACAUCUAGCUAUCCAAAAGCACCAGGCUUUGAACGAGAAGAUCAGGCAAAGCAUCGAAGCUUCCCAGCUGAGAAUCAGCAGAAAAUAAAUGAACAAGACAACAAGCAGAACCAUCUCAGUGUUUUUUCAGCGGUUAAUCCACUUGCUUCAAGUAUAACUUCCAGUCUGGCCUCCAGUCUUGGAUCAGAUACUUCAUCUCCUACAACUGUCUCUGCUAUGAGUGCCAAAGCUCCCCCGUUCUAUUCUGGCAGUAACACAGUUGAAUCGGUAAUAGGUUCUGCUCUAGAUUUGCAUUUUAAUGAUGUGAACGUCGCGUCCAUAGAGAGAGAAUUAGAAGAUCAAGAAGGCAGUGAGCUUGGAUUAGCAAGUCAAAGAUUACUGGGAGGUUCAGCACCUGUCAAUAUUCCAGGUUCUCUUGUUCGUUCCUCAUCUUUACAUUCAUCAUCAUCCCUUUCGACCUCUCCACUCAGUUCUCUUUCACAAUCGCUGUCUCAGUCUUUUGUUUCAUCCACUACGGCUCCUCACCACCAGCAGCCUCAGCCUUUGAAGACAGAACAUAGUAUGUUAGGCACCUCAGCCUCUUCUCACAACUCAUUAGGUUUAAAUGGUGUUACAGGGAGUAUUUGGGACUUUGUAACUGGGAGUUUCUCUCCUAGUCCAUCCCCAGUACUAAGCAGUGGCACUACCCCCUCAAUAAGUUCAAAUACCAGUGGGAACGAACUAACUCGAGUUAGACAAGAACUUGAUGAUGCCAAGACAAAACUAAAACAAUGGGAAGAAUCUUGGCAACAAGUAAAACAGGCGUGUGAUGCAUGGCAGAAAGAGGCUCAAGAAGCAAAAGAACGUGCUAACAUCGCAGAUGCGGACAAACAACUCGCUCUUCAGAAGAAGGAGGAAGUGGAAAAUAAAUUAAAAAAGCUGAAGGCGCAGUUAGCUGCUUGUUUAUCUACUACAUUACCUUACACGAAAAACUAUGGAGAUAUAGAAAAGAUAUCUUUGCCAAAGCUUCGUUCCUUACAAAAUCGGCUGCACUUAGACUUAGAAACAAUAGAUGAGGUGAUUUUUCAGCUUCAGUCAAAGAAGUGUAUCGUGUGUCAGGAAGGUGAUCGUAGCAUUAUCCUGAAUCCAUGUCAACAUUAUGUACUUUGUGAUCACUGUGCAGCUGCACAAGAAGAAUGUCCCUGCUGCAAGAAAAAAAAAAAUCUGUGGUAGCAUACAGGCAUAGUACUCGUAUCAUGUUCAUGAAUUAAAUAAUUUUAUGGUUUUGUAUUUUGUAUAAGAAUUAUAUCACUCAUAAUUAAUCCAUUUAAUAGUGCUAGAUUGAUUUCCAUUUUGAUGUGAGAAACUUAGUUGCUUUAAGAUAGGGAAUAAGGUUUGCUCACCUUUACAUAUCAGCUUCAGUCAUUUGAUAAGGUUCUGUAGUCUUGAGGUUCGUUCAUUCCCCCGCAAUCUCAUUGCAGCCUUUUCUGACUUCCACUUACAUUCCCAGUGCACAAGCUACUUAGGUUCAUUUGCACUGUAAUCACUUUGUAUAAAUCUUACCAUAAUGCCUGAAUGAAGUGUUUAUACCUGUUAUUUUCAUUAACAGAAGUUGGAUACAUAGAUACAGUAACUACACACUCCACAGUACAAAUGGUUCCUUUGCCAUCUCUGUUGUGUGUAGAACACCAGAGCCAGUAUUUUGGAAUUGGUCUAACACUAUGUCUACUUGGAUGUUUGAAAAACUCUGAUUAAUAUAAAUAUAAAAGCACUUUUUAAUUAUUGUGUUUUGUUAGAAGAUCUGUUGUAAAUUGCUUCAAGCUGCUUUCUAGGUCUUACGUUUAUUUUUUAAUAUGCAAUAAUAUGACGUGUUAUAUGUGUACUGUGAAUUUAAAAGAUUUCACAUGGUUUUACUGUUAAAUCACAAUAUGAUUAAAUAGAAAUGACAACUUAGCUAGUUUUUUUACAAUUUAUAAGUUAACUGCAUACUGUAGUAUUUAUAAAUGUACCAGCAGAGACAAAACGAGUGAGGCACAUACGCUUUCAUCAUAUUCAAAGACAUGUUUUCAAUUUGAGAAACAGAUCAGUUUUAGUAAACAACUGUGCAUUUGCAUAUUUCCCUCAGUUUGGGUGUUUGUAGUCUAAGUUUUUGUGCAUCUAACCUGUGUGGUACUCAUCGGGAACAGCUAUGAUAUAUAUAAUAUUACCAAGUGCCUAUGCCCAAUAUCCUAUAAAAUGGCAGAAGACAUAAAAAAAGAAUUUUGCAAAUAAUUUCUAUUGCUUAAUUUUGUAUUGAACAAUUUGACAAUAACUAGAAUAUGUCUCUUGCUUUUAUAAAUAUUUAAAACCACACUUUUUUCAGUAAUGAAGUAAUGCAUGUUUGAAAGAAACUACAAAAUUAUUUAAGUAUGUAAUCAGGCAGUGACACUUUGACACAGUGAUUCUUUUAAAAGGUGGUAAUAUCUUACUUCAUCCUGGUAGUUGGGAACAUGCAGUUCAGGAGGAGAAGUUAGUUAAUUACUGCAUGUUAACACUGUAUAUUUUUACUUUUCUUACAUGGAAUAAUUGCCUGCAUUACUUGUUUUACUGUUAAAUUCAGGUGUGACACUAGUACAACUUAGAUUGAAAUGACCUACUACUGUGUUACAUGAUUUCUAUCUCAGUAUUACUGUAUUUAGUACAAAAAGUGCGUUCACAUAGGCAGCAAAGAGUUAAUCUAUUUAAAGUUCAGUCAUGCUAAAACAAAAAACAAGAUGUAUACUUAAAUUAUUAUUGUCAAGAUGGAGCUUUUAUAACUGUGUCAGCAUUAAAUAAAGGGCCCAAGCCAAUAGUACUGAAAUCACUAUCUCCUUUGGGUUUUAGCGUUCUUUGUACAAAGGCUUGAGUUAGCAAAAAAUCAUUACACGUUUUCCGUGAGAACUAAAUGUACAGGCUUGUCACUGCAGGAACAUUGGAGACCUUUUGGGAAGGGAGAAGUAGGAUAAAAUAUUAAAUACAUUUCUACUUGAUUCUGUUUCAAAAUUUUGUCUGAAGAUCACUUUAAAGACCAAAGUUGGGUUUAAUAAUGUGAUUUUGUUGACUUUAACACAGUUUCUCUAAAAUGUUUGUACUGAGAAAAGUAUAAAAUUGGACUGUAUUUGCAUUUUCCAAAACACUUUUCUGUCCUAAAAUAAGAUAUUGCCAUUUUAAAGGUGUAGCCAGCUUUGGACUUCUAAAAAAAGGAACUUGGAUCACCAAGUUUGGGUGUAGGUAUUAAGGUGUUUUUUGCAUCUCUGCAGUCUAUGACAAAGACUGAUUUUUGAACCUUAACAGCAUUUUGGACUAAAGCAAACUUAGUUAUGUAAGGGUUUUGUUUUUUCAAACAGUGAGCAAAUCAAAGAAUAAUAUGUAAUUAUAGUUUGAAAUUAUGUUACAUAUUUUUCAAACAAGCAUUUCUUUUGGACUCCAGUCUACUAUAUUUAUCUAGUGUGGAACAGCAUUCUGCAACCAUUGUGCUCACAAAAACAUUCAGAAAUAUCUUAGUGAAAAUUUUUGCUUUGGUAUUUUAGAAGGAACCAGCUUCGGGCCACGUUGUGCUGCCCAUAUGCAGCUAUGUGACAUUUGUUACCCACGAGAUAUGGAAGCGUGGUUUUGUGCUGUCUUGUCAAAGUUUAUAGUUCUUCAUGUGUAUUUUAGUGCAUUUGCCUAUGUCCUAGGGCUAUUUUGUGGUCCCUUUUUUUGGUACUAACAGGCGAUUUUCCUAAUGUCAUGACACCAACAAAAAAGGAAUGUUAACAGCACUUGCAGUGUGAAUCAUCACAUUGACAUUCAUAGUUUUUGUGUGCUGCAUUUUUAGAGGAAAUUAACUAAUAUAUUUAGUCUGUUGCUUUUUAAAGUUGUAUGUUUUGUGUUUUACAAUGAUGAAUCUUGAAAAUAAUUAUGUGUGUCCUGUAGUAAUAUCAGUACUGAAAAUUUUGCAGGUGUUCCCUGUAAGUUUCUUUGGUGCUGAAAUACAGACACAUUUAAAAACUGUCAACAAACCAUUUUGUGGAGAAGGAAAAAACACAUACCCAAGAAACAUACCUAUAUGUGAAAUUCUCAGACUGGACGGCUUGCUAUAAUUAUAGACGAAUCCUUAGGUAAUCACUUGAACCAUGCAUCAUCAUAACAUAGCAGUCAUAUGAAAAUAAUACAGUUGUUCUUCACAAAAUUCUUUUUGUGAGGAAUUACAAGCAAAGUUUUCUGUAUCUUAUUAAGCAAGUCAACUGCAAAAACAAAUAAGUAUGCACUUUUACACCACUACUUUAAAAUGGAGGAUAAUAAAAUAAAUGCAGUUGACUAGAGAUGACUAUUUGGAAGAAGUCAGAAGUGAAACCUGACCUUUGUAAGUAUUCGUCCUUGUACUAUAUACAUUAUCUAGAAACUGGAUACAUUAAAAUUAUAUUUUAGCGAGACUACAAUAUGGUAAUUUGCUGAAUUCACAAAAUACAUAAAAGCAAACUAAAUAUAUUUUCAAGAUUCAUUUUGGUAUUUGACAAAGUUCUGUGUUAAUUUAUGUAAGAAUAUAAUUUUAAAUGUGAAUGCCAUUAUGUUGUCACAAUUAUUUUAGCCUGGGGAAUAAUAGAUUAAAAAUGUGAUUUCUCAGGGUUUUUACAGUUAGGAGCUGUAAUUUAACCAGAAGUAUGCUAAUUACAGAUACAUCCCAAGCUGCACGUUACAGGCUUAUUAGUCUUCUUUGAAUAGCAGAUUAUUAAAGACAUACUUGUUUUGUUCUAUAUUGCCAUUCAGAGUAUCCUAGUAUUAAAUAUAGGUAGUAAUAUUAUUACUGUCACACUAUGCUUGUGUAACUGUGGUCAUCAUCAGACCCUAAAUAAAUACGGAAUUUUUAGUCAAUUUAUGGAAGCCGUUAAUGUUUUGAGUGUACAGACAGAAAUGAUUUUGUGAAUGAAAUUGUUCUUAAUACAAAACAUAUUAUUUAUAAUGCAUACUCAUUUACUUGUAGUGAACUGUUUAAAAUUGUUAACACUUGUUAAAACUUUUCUACACUAUAGCGUUUAUGCAAUGGUUUACAGAAGUCAUGGAAUUAUUUUUAUUACCAACAUGAAAAUAAAAUUUUGAUCUUUAUUUCUGA